AUGGGAAGGCAAUCUGGUGGCAAAGAAUCAGUUGGGUACUUGGAAUUGAAUCUUAAAAAUUAUCUAAGGACGCAAAGACAAAAGGAGCUUCUUUAUGGAGAGGCGGCAUGGCUUGUGGAUUAUUUUGAGACGCAUGCUUGUGAAGAUCCUUCGUUCUUCUAUUCCUUGCAACUGGAUACUGAGCAAAUGAUUACGAACAUAUUCUGGUCAAAUUGUAGAAUGAUAAUUGGUUAUGGCCAUUUUGGAGAUGUUAUCAGUUUCGACAUAACAUAUAAAGUGGUACACGGCAAUAGACCAUUUGCAAUUUUCUUGGGUAUGAAUCAUCACCGGGGGACCGCUGUGUUUGGAGUAGCCAUAAUGUAUGAUGAGACAGCGGAUUCGUUUGUCUGGUUAUUUGAAACGUUUUUGAAAGCGAUGAGCGGAAAAGUGCCAAAGACUAUUAUUACAGAUCAAGAUGCUACAAUGGUGAAGAAGAACCUACUGUUUCUGUUUAAAUGCGUUGAAGGAAUAAAGAAGGUCAUCUCAAAAUUAAUGUUCCAAAUUGAGGAGGAGGAUGGUUUUAUUAGGGAAUGUGAUUUAGUGAUUGCAGAGUAUGGUGUUGGUGAAUUCUUCACACACUUUGACAAAUUGUUGUCAGACAAGCGGUAUAAGGAGUAUGAAGCCAAGUAUGGCUUGAUGGAGAGUCAACCGGAACUAAAAACAAAGUGCCACAUAUUAUAUCAAGCGGGGAAGGUGUACAACAAGGCAAUAUUUCAGAUUUUCCAGGAGGAGUUUUUAGUUGCUCUUGUGAGUCAGGCUGUUACUAGUUGCAGUGACUUGGAUAACAAUAGACACCGUGUUUAUAAAGUUGCUGGUGAGGACGGGGUGCAAUGUCGUGUGAUCAGGACAUUUGAAGAUGAAUUGUCAUGCUCAUGUUGUAAAUUUGAAAGAGAGGGUUAUUUGUGCAGGCACAGUCUGGAAAUCCUUAAAGACUGCAUGUUUGUGAAUGAGUUUCCUUCCUGA